AUGGAGGAAGUGAUGGAGGAGGUGAUGGAGGAGGUGAUGGAGGAAGUGAUGGAGGAGGUGCAGGAGGAGGUGCAGGAGGAGGUGAUGGAGGAGGUGAUGGAGGAAGUGAUGGAGGAGGUGCAGGAGGAGGUGCAGGAGGAGGUGAUGGAGGAGGUGAUGGAGGAAGUGAUGGUGGAGGUGAUGGAGGAGGUGCAGGAGGAGGUGAUGGAGGAGGUGAUGGAGGAGGUGAUGGAGGAGGUGAUGGAGGAGGUGAUGAGGAGGUGA